AUGAUUAUUAGUAAAAAGUUUUGGGAUAAUGAAAAUGAUGCCCCUAUUUUAAAAAGGAACUCAAAUUUUAUUAGUAAGGAUAAUUAUGAGGAUGCAUGUAAGCGUGCUGGCCAAUUUUAUAAUAUAAUGUUAAACUAUAUAAAGGAUGAGAUAAAUGUUGAGACAACAAAUGAAUGUAAUGAUAAAGAGAUAUUAAGAAUAAUAAGAUUGGAUGCGGAAAGAACAUUUACAAAUGAAGAAAAUAGAACAUUAUUAAUUGAAGUGUUAAAAUCUAUAUAUCCAAUAGUAAAUGAUUAUCAUCAAGGUAUGUCAUUUGUUUCGUCAUUUUUAUUACUUUUUUUAAAACCAAAAGAAGUCACAAAAAUAGUAAUAGGUUUACAUAAGCAUUAUUUACAAGGUUAUUUUAAAGCUAUGCCUAAAGCAUAUGUACGGGAUUCAAGAGUUUUUUUAAGCAUACUAAAUAAAUUUCAUUCAAAUUUAUAUGAACAUAUACAAAAUUUAAUAACGCCUGAAGCUUUUGUUUCGAAAUGGUUUAUUGGUCUAAAUGUACAUGUUUUAACAUUUGAAUCGCUUAUGUUAUUUUUUGAACAAUUAUUAAAAGAGGGUGAAAUAUUUUUAUUCAAAUAUAGUAUAUCAUUGUGUAGAUCAUUAGAAAAAGAAAUCAUGAAAACAAAAGAUGUUUCGAGAUUACUUGCACUAUUACGAUUGGAUGCGACUAUCUUUCCAAAUGACUAUAAGCAGUCUGAAAAUGAUAAAGUAGGUGAUUUUUUUAUAAACAUAAUAAAAAAUGCUUCGAAAAUUGAUAUGACUAAUAUAGAUUUAGAUAAACUAAGAGAUGAAGCAUCCGAACAAAUGCAAAUAGAAGAAGAGCGAAGAAAAAAAAUUGAAAUGGAACGAUCUUUAAGUGAUGACGAAAUUAUUUUCUCUGAUGAGAUAGAAGAUGAAGAGAGUGACGACGGCAGCGAAAGUGACAACAGUAGCAAAAGUAGUAAAAGUGGAAAAAGUAGCGACAUGAAGGAUGAUAAAAUAGAAAAAAGAGAGUGUGAUAUUUAG